GCUCAACAAAUUCGUGGAAUUCUGAAUAAAAUGCGUAUAUCCAUCAAUUCAAGCAUUAAACAUUGGUAGUUUUGGGAAAGUUUUGAAUUUUAUUUAAAACCACCAAUUUAUUUGUCGAAAAAUAGAGGAAAAAUCCAAUUUAAAAAUAUUCCUUCUGCUUUGGCAAAAUAAAUUUCAAACCGAAUUUUUAAUUCAAACAAGUAUCGAUGGUGUGCUGAAUGGCGCUGUCAGUGGCUUCUAAAUCAUUGAUAUGACGUUCAGUGAAGAAAUAAAGAUGGCAUCCAUUUGAUGUACACUAGCAUUAAAUAGGAUUUUUGUUUGAAUUUUCUUUCACAAUCUCUCUCAAUCGAAACGAUUUGUAUUAUUAGUAUUAAUUUAUUUCAAUUUAAGAUAGAAGAAAAGAGAAAAAAAAAGAAAAACAGAACAAAAAAACGAGUCGAUUCGUAUUUAGACGUAAAUAUCGUUUGGGCAGCAGCUAACGAAUAGAGAAUAUAUAUUUUUUUGUUGGAAAGUGCAUUGCACAUCGUAAAUAGUGAGCCCCGCAUUUGUAGAAUAGAAGCGAAAUAAAUGUAUUCGAAUUAGACAAAGUGAAGAAAUUGGCUAUUGCAUUUUUUGCGUCAUGAUUGUACAAGAGCCCGUGCAGGCGGCCAUCUGGCAUUGUUUGAAUAAUUAUGCUUUUCAAGACGCAAUCUUCCUAGCGGAACGCCUAUGUGCUGAAAUCGAAACAGAUGAAAGCAUUUUUACAUUGGCUACUUGUUAUUAUCGAUCAAAUCAAGUUCAUCAAGCGUUUUGGCUGCUCAAUACAAAGGAUACCAAAGCUGCAAAAUGUAGAUAUUUAUAUGCAAAAUGUGCAUUCGACUUGAAAAAGUACAACAUUGUCGAGGUCGCUUUGACACAUAAUACUUAUGUGGAAGUGGACCAUUUGGAUCGCAUCGUCGACGAAUUUGGUGAAAUUGCUUGCUUUGCGCUACAGCUGCUGGCAAAAUUAUGUUCGGUUACGGAUCGUCAUGAAAUUGCGGCUGAAGCUAACCGACGUGCACUUAAAUUGAAUCCAUUUCUGUGGACACCAUUCGCUAGUCUGUGCAAUCAUGGUCACAAGCCAGUGCCCAGUGAAAUCUACAAAUUUGAUAAUAUCGAGACGUUUUCAACGUGUCAGGAGAAUUUCAAUUGGAACAGUUCGUUUAUAUUUCUUGGUGCGGCGGACACAUCGACCGAUGCCAGUCUCUCGGAAUCCGACGAACUGAGUCGAUCGUACAGUAUUUAUACGACACCGAUCAUGGAUCAAAAUGCCAUAAAUGCAAAUGACCGAUUCAUCACUAGUUCACUGAAUACAUCGUGCACGACGACAAUUGGCAAUGUGACUGGAUGUGAAAAUCUGAACGAUAGUGCACUGGUUGGUGCGACACCGUUUCGACGACAAUUUAGAUAUUUAUCGAAUAUUAGUCCGACGACACCGAGUUUUGGCUGGUUGCCGGCGAAUAGCCCAGUUGAAAAUAACAGCAGUAGAAAUAAUAAAAUGAUGUCGCCGACGUUCCAGCAACAGCAAAUGCUCUCCGAAACCAACGAACAAAACAAACAUAAUCGAAAAAAUCUGCGAAGUAAUGUUACGAAUUCGGCCAAUCGAAAAGAGGCUCCGCUACAAAUAAGUAAGCCAGUUUUUACACAGACUGGUAACACAACGCCACGAACGCAAAACACACUGGGCGGACAAAAUGUUCGACGCAGUUCACGUUUGUUCACCAGCAAUUCGGUCAAAGAGAACAGUAAAAAUCCGUUGGGUAAUAAAUUUGCGGCACCGCGAUCACCGCCACGCAAAAACAAGCAGCGACUCACCACAAAAAUGAAUCUAUCCAAUUCAGCACUGAACGAAAUCAACACGGAAAAGCCACCGAAGCAAAUAUCCGAUUUGGAUAAAGAGAAAAUCGAAACCAUCACAUCGACGGGCAAUAUCAUGAAUACGAAAACGGUGAACAAUUCACAGAAUGUGGCCAAGCAAAUUUUGACGCUGAGAAAACAAAGUGCCGAAGGUUUGAUGUCACUGAUGCGAACAUUGGCCGAUGGCUACCUGCAACUGUCACAAUUUAACUCGGACGAAGCGAUAGAGGCAUUCAACAGCAUUCCGAAACAUCAUGUGGUGGCCACUUGGGUGCAAUGCAUGAUUGCCAAAUCAUAUUACGAGAAACGUGAAUACGAAACGGCUUCGAAGUUAUUUUUGGAAAUUCAUCGAAAAGAACCGCAUCGCAUACAGAUGAUGGAGAUUUACAGUACCGUUUUGUGGCAUUUGCAGCGUGAAGUGCAAUUGUCAGCAUUGGCACAAGAUCUAAAAGCACAAGAUUAUCAGUCACCAAUCACGUGGUGUGUGCUGGGCAAUUGUUUUUCAUUGCAAAAAGAACACGAAUCGGCCAUCAAAUGUUUCGAACGUGCCGUUCAAGUGGACUCCGACUUUGCCUACAGUUAUACACUUCUCGGCCACGAGCUCAUCAUCACUGAAGAACUGGACAAAGCAAUGUCCUGCUUUCGUACGGCUAUACUCAAAGAUCCACGACACUAUAACGCAUGGUAUGGCAUUGCUUCCAUUUAUUCGAAACAGGAGCGAUUCAGUUUGGCCGAAUUCCACUAUAAACAAGCGCUAAAAAUCAAUCCCAAGUGCUCGGUCAUCAUGGUGCACAUCGGUGUGAUGCAAUUCAAUCUAAACAAACCGGAACUGGCACUGCAAACAAUGAACGCGGCCAUUGCACUCGAUCCAAAGAAUCCACUGAGUAAAUUCCAUCGUGGUUCAAUGUACUUCCAAUGCGGACGCUAUCAGGACGCGCUCAAAGAGCUGGAGCAAUUGAAGCAAAUUGUGCCAAAGGAAUCGGUGGUAUUUUAUAUAAUAGGUAAAAUCCAUAAGAAACUAGGCAAUGUUGAUUUGGCGCUGAUGAAUUUUAGCUGGGCCACCGAUUUGGACCCGAAGGGUGCCAACAAUCAGGUGAAAGACGCAUUCGAUCCAAAUCCAAACAACACAAAUAUGCCAUUGAAUGUAACGCAAGAUGCACAAGAAGCUGCUUCCGACCGGAGUGACGACUCAACGCAGCUGCGAGGUGGCGAAGAUGGUGAUGCCGAAGAAUCAAGUCUAUUAAGUGAUAGUUUUUAGAAUAAACAAUUUUCAAAUUUUCUUCCCCUACCUUCUCACCACAACUCCCUAUACACACACACCCACACAAAUCAACCUAAACAAAAUUAAGCAAGCAGACACACAAAAAUUGUAAUACACAAUAGCUUGGAAGUGAAUGUUGAUUGGCGAGUUAUAAUCAUUUCGCUUUUCUUGUUCUGCACAUACAAAACCAAAACGCUGAAACUGAAUGUAAAUGAAUCAAUCAAACGAUAAUAAUGUAAUAGAAAUAAGCACGAAAUUGAAACAAGAAAAAAAAAAUCGAUGAAACGAACGAUGAUUAUCAAAAGAGAGAGAGAGAGAGAAAUAACAUUUGGGUGGAAAAUCCAGAGACAAAAAGGUACGCUUAGUUCACAACAAAAGAAGAUGAUGAAAAUGUAAUAGCAACAACAACAACAGAAAAAAAACUAAACAAAUCGAACGUAGAACAAAUAUUUACGGUGAAAUUUGAAAAAUUUCAUGGACUUUAUAAUAAAUUGAAGAAAACAAAAACAUUGUAAAUGUGAUUCAGAACUCUCACUUCAAGUACACUUGCAAGAAAAAAAAAUAGAAAUUAAGAAUGAAUUUUGUUCCUCUGUUGUUUUUUCUAAGUGGAUUUUUUUUCUUUCUUUCAAAAGACUUUAUUGUUUGCAUUCGAAUUUCGUUCAGCGGACAGAUUCAGAGCGGAAAUGUAAAAAUAGAAUCAAAUGAAAAUGGAAAAAAUAUAUCGAGAACUACAAUUUAAAUACUUACAAAA